AUGGAUGUCGGAGCAUCAUCUUCACCGAGUUUCUUACCCUCAGUGUGCUUGUCAAAGUUCCUGGAAGGUCCUCCACUCUUCAACGACGAGGCGAUGGCUGCCUACCUGAGGAAGAACUAUUUCUUGCCUCCCGCUGCCUCCGAUUACAAUCUUUCCGGCAAUGACGGUGCCUCCACAUUCUCGGCUUCUCUCUUGCAGUUCGUCACAGACUAUUUCAAGAACAAGCGAGGGGGAGUGUUUGUGGACAUCGGUGCGGGAGACGGUGAGUACCACUCACUGACGCUGCCCCUGGAGAAGAACCUGGGCUGGACGGGUCUUCUGGUGGAACCCAACCCUCGCCUCUACAAGAAACUCCUGAAGAAGGGUCGCAGAGCACAGGUGACCAAAGCCUGUGUUUCCCCCUACUCUUAUCCAGCCAUGAUGAAGCUGACACACCCGCGGGUGGAGGCUGGGACACAGGACGCCAACCUGCUGACCACACUCGGCAUGACCAAACUCUCACAACUCUGGCAUAAGGAUAAUAACACACAAUACGAGGAGUUCGACUCUCAGUGUGUACCUCUGGAGAACCUGGUCUACGCUGCUGGCAUCACCUCCACCAUCGACCUCCUGGUGCUCGACAUGAGCGGCACGGACCUCGAUGUUCUAAUGAACACCAAGUUCGACGUCAUCCCAGCUCUUGAGGUCAGAUUUUCCUGCCCAGUCAAUCUAGUUAUUGUUUUCACUUGGGGUUCUUGUUUUGGAGGAGAGUUUAUUGAGAAAAAACAUGUUAGGUGUCCUAAUAUGUUUGAAAAAUGUAGAAAAAUGCUUCUUAAAACAAAGUGA